GUGUGUGUGUGUGUGUUAAAAAUCCCAGUAUGAUGGGACCAAUCUGGCAGUGAUGACAACAUCCCCCAGGGGGCUGAAGUCAGGAGAUCGUGAAUCUUGGCUAGUCGUGUUCCAGAAAUUAACUGGCUACUUCUUGCACCCAGUUGGACUGGAGGUGCUACUAGAUCACAGCAGCCUGGAUACCUCUCAUUGGAUUGUGAAAGAAGUAUUUUACAAUGGGCAGUAUUACAGGGACUUGGCACAACUGGAGAGAGAGUUUACAGAGGGCCAUGUACAUGUGGAGAAAGUGAAAAGGGUCCCUGAUGAUAGGGAUUCUACCUCAAUGAAGCCCAGGGUGCACCAUGCUGAGCCAGGCCCUUUGCAGUAUGAGCCUUAUGGACCACGUUACAGUGUGAGGAAGAACCAAGUCCACUCCUCAUGCUGGAGUUUUGCCUUCAGGAUGGAUGUGAGCAGGGGCCCACAUCUCUUGGAUAUCAGAUUCAAAGGCCAAAGGAUUAUCUAUGAACUUAGUGUGCAGGAUAGCAUGUCCAUCUAUGGUUCUAGCAACCCUGGUGGAAUGUCAACCAGGUACAUGGAUCUGAGUUUUGGGAUUGGAAGGUUUGUGAACCCUCUAGUGCGAGGAGUUGAUUGCCCCUAUUCUGCUACCUUUCUUGACGUUCACUUUUUAGCUGGAGCUGAAAGGCCCAUCAUUAUCCAAGACGCUAUCUGUGUUUUUGAGCAGGACAUUGGAAGGCCACUUCGGCGUCAUUACUCCAACUUGCAGUCUCUUUAUUAUGGAGGGCUGCCUGGUACUGCACUGGUCUUUCGCUCUGUGACUACCAUUGGCAACUAUGACUAUAUCUGGGACUUCAUAUUCUAUCCAAAUGGAGCCAUUGAGAGCAAAGUCCAAGCCACAGGUUUUGUAAGUUCAUCUUUCCUCCAUGGCAAUGGACUAGAUUAUGGAAACAGAGUUGGAGAUCACACCUUGGGAACAAUCCAUACCCAUUUCAUUGGCUACAAGGUAGACCUGGAUGUUGGUGGUAAGUUUCCAUCUUUAGUAGGUAGAUUCAGGCUUCUGGUGGGGCUGCACCUGUCUGCAUUUUGGACUUUGUGAGGUCUUGCUGUGUGUAGUCCUUGCCUUCAACUGAGCCUUGAAGGGACUGCAGUGUAUUCUAUGUAUAAUUUGAACCUUGUGGGUAGAAGCAUUCCAAGGACAGCAGCGUUCUAUCAAUUCAUCCUCCUUUUAUGUUUAAAUUCUUCCUAUUGCCUACCAAUGGGCAUUGGCACUUUCAUCAAUUGAAAGUCCAAAUUUCAGUUAAGGUAGUUGGUGUCUUUGUCCCUUCAUCUCCAUAUGUCUGUGCUUGUAUUUGCAAGAGCAUGACUGUGAAGAUAGCAGGGCAUUUGUGUAUACAUUUGGCCCAGGUAUACAUUUGAAGAAUUGUCCAAAGUGCCCUAUUGCUAUUUUCAGUGGUGACCUCUUGUUGGUGACGACUUCUUUUGUAAAACUAAGAUAAUAGUCUCACUCGCUUGUUCUCUUGAGCCUAUCCAUCAUAUUUCAGCUAGGAUCCUGGAGAAGAGUUCUCUGUCCCCUGAAGUUAACCACCUUUGGAGCUUUCCUGUCAUCAGUGGAGAUUGAGGCCACCAGUACAUUUUUCUUUUACUUGGUUGGUGCCCCAUCUAGUGGCAAAAGGGUAAGGCAUCUUGUUGCAGCUUAAUGUAAUUUAUAAACAAAGGGCUUGCUUUGGAAACAGAAGGUAGCCUUUGAUCAAAGGCCAAACUAACCAUCUUGGCCUCUUGGCAGAGCAGCAGAGGCACAGGCUGGGAGAG